ACGGCCAACAUAACAACAACAAAACAAAAAACAAAGCAAAAAGAGAAAGUAGGAGGAAGAGGAAGAUCGGAGCCGGAGGUACAGCGGACGUGGGCAGCUUGUGGGCAUCGGCAGCAAAGCAAAGCAUAGGCCUAAAAGAUAAGAUAAAUUAUACGGACCUGCUGUUCCUGAUACAUAAGCUUCCUGGUGCAGGUGCCCGACUGCACGACACAAGAUGCAGAGGGACCACAACCAACAAAUUCACUAAUUUACUGUGGGUGGUCUUAAAAUGUGCCGUGGUGAGGUAGAGGAGUCCACUAAAAAAAGUAUAGCAGGCGAAAAUCCAAUAAAUGCCCUUAUUCAAGACCUGGACCAGAAUCUCCAAUUUGAGGGUGGAAAAACUGAACUCCAUGAUGCAGCUGAAAAAGGAAAUCUGCAGUUGGUCGAGUCGCUGCUGGAGGAUGGCGCCGACCUUACAAAGAAGUCGAGGCGUGGCUGGACAGCACUGCACUACGCGGUCAAGAGUUGUGACCUUGAAACAGUCAAGUAUUUGGCUCUAACACAAGAGAAGUGCCUUAUCUCUAUAAAAAGCAAUGCCGGAUCAACCGCCCUUCACAUGGCAGCUGUUUAUGCAGGCGAAGAUGUCUGCAAAUUUUUUAUUGAGAAUGGUGUUGAUGCUGCUGCUUUCAACAGCAACGGCAUGAAUGCCAUGCACAAUGCCUGUCGGAAGGGAAAUCUUGAAAGCCUAAGGUACCUUCUCAGCCAAGAGGAAUUUUUCAAUUUGGAUGAAAAGACACGGAAAAAACAGGGCGCCUUACAUUUAGCAACUACAUCCGGCAACUUAAAUUUGAUUGAGUUUUUAAUGAACAGAGGUCUUGACUGCAAUGAACCUGAUUCCAAGAAAUACACACCAUUUCUGAUUGCUGUAGUUGCUGCAGAUGUUAGCUUUGUGCGCUUUUUUGUUGAGCACGGAGCUGACUUGCAUUCAAAAAAUGGGGAUGGUAAAAAUGCCAUGCAUUUAGCUUCUCAAGAAGGAAGAUUGAAAACCUUGAAAUAUUUGGUAAGCGUGGCUAAGUAUAAUGUUUGUGAAAAAGACAUGGAAGGCAACCAAGCCAUUCAUCUUGCUGUAGUAGUGAGUGAGCACCUUGGUAUUGUUGAUUUUCUCUUGGAAAAUGGAGCCGACAUUGAUGCCCGAACAGUAAUACGAGAUUUAACUCCGUUGUUGCUGGCAGCGCAGAAUUGCAAACUUGAGACAUUUAAAUUUUUGCUUGAGAGGGGCGCUGACCUGAAUGCCGAGGACAACAUGUACCACGACGCAUUUCACAAGGCUUGUGAUGGAGAUAACUUAGAGGUGGCAAAAUAUCUAGUUGGCAUUGGCAAGUUUGACUUGAACAAGAGGAACAUCAACGGAAAGACACCCUGGAUCAAAUUAGCUCGCAAUGAGAGCGUUGAAUUUAAACGCUACCUUGUCGAGUUGGGUGCAGACAUCCACUCCACAGACAAUUUCAACCUAUGCGCCCUGACAAUUGCAGCGCAAUUUGGCGAUGUGCAAAACUGCAGAUACCUUUUAUCCCUUGGACUAGACUUUGAUGUGCUCACCAAAGAAGGCGGAAAUGCUCUGCAUCAGACUUGUAUCUCUGGCAAUGUGUCAACGGCUAGAUUCAUCAUAGACUUGGGACGCCUAGAUGUAAAUGGCACAUUUAAAAAUGGUUUGACCCCACUCCAUGUUGCUGCAAGCAAAAGUCACAUUGACAUGAUCAAAAUGCUUUUGGAAAAGGGUGCAGAUAUAAGGAAAAAGAAUGAUCAUGGUCUUCUUCCCUUCCACAGCGCUGCUAGAUCAGGAGACAUGACAACGGUAAAAUAUUUUGUUGAUAACGGUUUCCUGGAUGAGAAAACUUUUCGAAAUGAAACAGCACUCCUCUUGUCCUGCUACAAUAAGCACUCUACUGUUACACAGUAUCUAUUUGAAAAGGGCUCAGACCCAAAUGUUGUCGAUUCAGUGGGUCGAAAUUUAUUUCUGGUUGCGUGCUUUGCAAACAUCAAAGAUACUAUUAUAUUUUUGAUUAAGAAUGGGUUUGAUCCAUCUGUUGAAAACAAGUAUGGUGAAGGUGCAGUGCACAUUGCAGCCAAAAAGAACAAUGUGGGCCUUAUGAAAUACCUGGUAGAAGAGCAGAAACUAAGUGUAAACCAACUUAUGAAAAAUCGGUCGACACUUUUGCACUCUGCGGCAGAGUUUGGAGGACCCUCUGCUUGUUCCUGGCUCCUACUGCACCCUGAUGUGGACGUGCGCGCAGAGAAUAGAAAUGGAAACGAUGCCCUGCAAUGUGCUUGUGCAGGAAACAUGCUGGAGAAUGUUAGAGUACUUUGGGACAGCGGCAAGUUCCGGGUGAACAAGAAGAACAAAUUUGGUCACACUGUGUUGCACCUGGCAGCUGAAAAAGGCUCGCUUGAUUUGGUGCAGUUCUUGGUGGAGACUGCUGGCGCGGAUGUGACCAGAGCAGACUUUGAUAAGUGGACACCAGUGCAUGUAGCCGCCAAGUUUGCAGAUUUAGAGGUAAAUGAGUACCUCGUAUCAAAGCAGGACUCGGCCCUUUACCAGAAAAACUGCAAUAACCAUUUACCCUUGGACGUAGCUGCGCAAAACAGAGACAAAUCUGUUCUGGAAUUUUAUGAGAGUAGAACUAAGAUUGUGAUGCAAGACUUUGGGCCAAAAAAUGAACAGAGAGGAGGUUGGAGAAACGAGCGGAAUCAAACGUCAACACAAUCUCGAAAUACGAGGGACCCAGCUUAUGGCCAUCAGCUUUUUAACUCUAAUUGGAGGUCCUGAUUUUUUGCGCCUCUGAUUCUGUGAGCUUUACAAUUUUUGACAUAUUUUUAUAUAAUUAUUGCUUUUUUUUUUACAUAUUUUAAUAUUUUGGUGUUGGCCGGCCAGCAGUGUGCUUCUUAUGAAAAGCACAUUUUUGUGAUUAAAUAACUGAUACACAUUUUAUACAAAAUUGGUUGCGAAUAUGGGGGAAAACUAUGUUUACUAAUAAGAAAAGAAAUGUAAGACUAUCAUCAGUGACAACAUAAAAUAAUUCUAUUAAAAACUGACUGUAAUAAAACUUUUAUGAUUAAAAAUGAAACAAGCUUUUUUUCUAU